AUGCGGGAUGUGAACGUCUUCUGCUUCAAGCGAGCUCUGCCUCGUAUGAGUUGGUCCCCGCGGAACCUGUUCAACCUCUGGCAGCGGUCCAUAGGCCCGAAACAGCGCGGCACGAACUUCUUCAAGAGCACGACGACACUCUUCCAGAAUCGGUGGCAGAGCAAGGCCCUUGUGCGCGCGUAUCACGGCGACUUCAUCAACGAGAAGAUCUUCAAGCGGUGGUACCUCCCCUCGACGCUGCCCGACGUGCGCCCGCGCCGGAGUGCCAACAGCACCACGGAUGCCGUCGGCCUCGCACGGUGGGCGCGCAAGGACCGUGUCGCGGACAAGGAGGCACGGCUCCGCGAGGAGGAGGACGCGAAGGGUCUCGCGCCCGUCGGCAGCUUGAUGCUCUCCGAGAUUGAGCGCCGGAUCGACGUCGUCGUCUUCCGCGCGUGCCUCGCGAGCAGCGUGUACGAGGCGCGGCGGCUUGUCAUUCACGGCGACGUGCUACUCAACGGCAAGAAGCACCAGAAUGCGAACACGCGCCUCGCGCCGGGCGACAUGGUUUCAGUGGACCCUGCAGCUAUCCGUUUUCUGCGACCAUUGGAUGGAAAGAAGACUGAAGUGAACGAAGAGGAAGAAAGCGACGAGGCUGCUGAGGAUGCCGAGGCGUCCGCUGCCGAGGCUGAAGCGCCAGAACAGUUCGAAGCGAAAACCAAAGCUAAGCCCGCCGCAAAACCAGGACCGACAGGCCCACAGUACCCCUGGAACCGCAAAGACAAGGCAGACCUCACACCGUUCCACCCACCGCCAUUUUCGUCACCAUGGAUGUUCAUCCCUGCAUACAUCGAACCGUCGUUCGCGACGUGCUCAGCUAUCUACCUGCGGCACCCGACUGCGCGCCCGGGCUACUCCGAGAUUCCGACACCGUACGACGCCGAUGGCGAGGUCAUCCGUUUUGCGUGGGAGUGGUACGCCAAGGUCCGCCCCCGUGUACGCAGCAAAAGCCAGCUGGCGCGCAUGCCAGAAAACAGGUAG